GGUUGGCAGUGAGGUCUCCCACGUCUGGGGGAUCCUUGCCCCUGCUUCUGCACCCAGCCCUGGCUAAGCGGCCUUGUUCUAUCAAAGCUGUCGGGAUCUGCAGAGUGCUCAGCUUCUACUCCCGCUCCUACACAGCUGCAAGUGGCUUGAAAAUAUAUGACCAUGCUUCAACGUCUCCAGUGAUUCCCACUGUGUUGGGACACAAAGCUCACCUCUCUGCCAUGUGCCCCUGAUGGUCGCUGCCCCAGCUUGUUUGCUUUCUGUAGGGCUUGGGUCUUUGCCAACCCCUCUACCUGGAUUGCUCUCCCUGUAAGACUCAUCAUAGCUGAGGCCUUUGCACUCUGCUCCUUCCACUCACAUGUCACCUCAGGGGUGUCCGUGGCCUCUCCUUUCCCAUCUCCCCCAGUACAUUAUGGUCUUUCCUUCCUAGCGUCUGGUGGUAUCUAUGGUAGGCAUGUUUAGCUGCUGGUACGAUCCCUCCUCCACUGAAAUAUGGGCUUCAUGUCUGGCCCCUGUGGGACUGCCAGAGCCUGGUCCUCAGUCAUGUUUAGUUGGGCUAGUGAGUCGAGUCUUUUGGUCAAAGGGACAAAAGAAGAUGAGGAGAUGUGGCUUCAAUCAGGACCAGUGUGGAACAGUGAGACCUGCGCAUGGCACUGCUAGGAGGGAUAGGUUCUACCUGCCAGCCUUGGGGCUCCUGGCAGCCGACAGGACUCUGCCCACUGGGACUUGUGUGCCAACCUUUGGGUACAGAGCCUUAGCCUCACAGGCCCCAAGCCAGGAGCCCCUCCUCAGGUGAGCCAGCAGGGAUGGAUGAAGGCCUGUCGAGGGUUUCUUGCACACUCAGAUCCAAGUCUCAGAGUGGUGGUCUCUGCUGGCCUCCCACCCACACUCUCCUGUUAUCAGAAGUGUGGCAGGUGACAGUGUGGUCACUGGGGUGGGAGGAUGUGGGAGGCCCUGGAUGGGGCCCAUGCCCAAGGGUCUAGCCAAGGCCCCUUCAUUAGGGCCCCAACUGUGACUUUAUUACUCAUAGUCUCUUCCCUGCCCUGGUGGCCCUCAUCCCCCAAACCUGAAUGCAGAAGUCUUGGUCCUGGACUCAAAUCCAUGCCACUCUUCAGCCUAUGCUGUGGGUUCCUAAGCUGAGCAUUUACCUAACAAUCAAGACUUCUGACAGUCCUCAGUCCUACCCCCAAACCCCCUUGGAUUUCUUUUUCAAGGUGGUUUCAGCUAGGAGGGUAAGCGUGGCUUGGGUGAGAACAGAUAGGGUGGGAGCAUGUGGCAGGUAUGGAUGAGACCUUGACAAAGUGACCCCAGACGAAAGACAGGGACCCUUUCUCCCUUUGUCCUGGAAACCCAGCUCAGCCCCAGCCCUUGCCCAUGCUGCUGUUGCUGCCUGGUACCUUCCACAAGGCCAGACUCCUCUCCGCAAAGCUGUGGCCCGCACCAGCUCCUCUGUCUCUCCUUCUCUGCCUGCUGAGGGCCCCCUCCCAGCCCGGCUGUCAAUCACAGGAGAAAGGGGUUGGGAUUUUGUUUGUCCCUCUCCCUGAGCAGAGAAUGGCUGAUGCGGCCACCGAGCCUUAACCUGGAGAGCCCCUCUGUCCCUGCUGCCCCCGUCUCCCCUAGCCCAGACUUCUGCCCUUCACGCCCAUCCCUGACCAGCAGCCCCACUCAGCCUGGGCUCUAGGUGCCAGCUGGUUAUGGACAUGCCACCUCAGCCCAGGCCAGGAGCUGGUGGAUGCGUAGGGCUAUUUUAAGCACAGCUUCUUGGCCUGCUCCCCUGGCCCCCAGCCCCCAGCAGCUCAGCUACUGGUCACCUGCCACCGCCUAGAAUGCUGAUUGGCAGUUGGCUGGGGUGGGGGCUGGGAAGACACUGUUAUAAAGCUGGGAGUGUAGGGAAGCAGCCGUCCCCAUCCAGAGUCCUCUGUGGUCCCUGCUGCCACCAUGGCCACCCACCGCCUUGUGAUGGUCCGGCACGGCGAGAGCACAUGGAACCAGGAGAACCGUUUCUGUGGCUGGUUCGAUGCAGAGCUGAGUGAAAAGGGGGCCGAGGAGGCCAGGCGGGGAGCCAAGGCCAUCAAGGACGCCAAGAUGGAGUUUGACAUCUGCUACACGUCGGUGCUGAAGCGGGCCAUCCGCACCCUCUGGGCCAUCCUGGAUGGCACGGACCAGAUGUGGCUGCCUGUGGUGCGCACUUGGCGCCUCAACGAGCGGCAUUACGGGGGCCUCACAGGCCUCAACAAGGCGGAAACGGCCGCCAAGCACGGGGAGGAGCAGGUGAAGAUCUGGAGGCGCUCCUUUGACAUCCCGCCGCCCCCCAUGAACGAGAAGCACCCCUACUACAACUCCAUUAGCAAGGAGCGUCGGUACGCAGGCCUGAAGCCCGGGGAACUGCCCACCUGCGAGAGCCUCAAGGACACCAUUGCCCGGGCCCUGCCCUUCUGGAACGAGGAGAUUGUUCCCCAGAUCAAGGCCGGCAAGCGAGUGCUCAUUGCAGCUCACGGGAACAGCCUGCGGGGCAUUGUCAAGCACCUGGAAGGGAUGUCAGACCAGGCAAUCAUGGAGCUGAACCUGCCCACGGGGAUCCCCAUUGUGUAUGAGCUGAACAAGGAGCUGAAGCCCACCAAGCCUAUGCAGUUCCUGGGUGAUGAGGAAACGGUGCGGAAGGCCAUGGAGGCUGUGGCAGCCCAGGGCAAGGCCAAGUGAGGGGUUGGGCUUGGGCAAUAAAGGCACCUCCUCCCACA